CGAAAGAACUCGCGAAGUAAACGACUUGACAUUAUGCAAACGAUGAUUUUCACAAUUUUGAUUUUGGCACUCAUUGGCACAACAACGGCUGUACCACCGUUUGCUGUCGCUCAGGCCGAGGCAAAUGAAGACGUAAUCUAUUUACUGGGUCCAAAUACGAUUUCAUGGGGUUCUGCUGACCCCGAAAUCACAUCGCAAUGUUUCACUUACUACAUGCCACUCUUAAAUCAAAUUACGCUGAACUUUUCGGUGCAAUAUGAGCUAUGUGUUACUGUGGCCUCACAAGCAAUAACCAAGCUCUCUGCUUCAGCAGCGCAGAAUCGUGCAAAUUUCGUAAAUGAGACGACCAACAUUUGCAGUGCUUUCACUUCGUGUAACAGUGAGAACAAUAAUUUAGACUUUCUCAAUUGCUAUGCCAUAGCUUUAUCUGCUGAUAUCAGCGAAAGCUAUAAUCUGUCGGGCAGCGCUUUAAAUGCAGCUAUAUCAUUGAAGGGUGGUCUGCAGCAAAUCAAGUAUACUGAACAAAUCUGCAAAAAUGAGGCCCAACAGGCAUACUCAACACAGACCUCGAAAACUUAUAAGGAAUUAUAUGCCUGCUUCGCUAAUGGAUUGCCAAUCGCUAGUACUAUUAAAGCCUCAGCUAGCACAUGAAGUCUAUAUAAGAAACUGUUCAGUACUUAUUGCUAUCCAAAAUUGGUUUUUAUUCAAUUCCACUUUGAAUAUGAAUUAAAUGAAUUCAGUUUUGAGAAUGAAAAAAUUCUGUAACACUAAAAC